AUGGCGUCAUUAUCCCCCGAGUCCAGGCGAGGCAUGCAGAGGAGGGAAUCCUCUCGGUCCAGCAGCAAGAGGCGGCCUCGUCUCCUGCGUGCAGCAGCCACGGAGCCUUCCAUCACGACGUCCAAUGCCAGCAGAGGCGCCAUGGCCAGCCCCCAGUCCGCCCGGAGGGCGACCGACCUGCUCAACCAGAUGGCCUACGUCUCGACGUCCACUCCCGAGUCUCCUUUCCGGGGAUCAUCGCCGCCCUCGGCGCAGAGUCCGAUCUAUGAGCGGGCCAAUGUCCUCGGGUCUUCCCCAACGAGCCGGAGUGAAACUAUGGACGACCUCCGCCCUCACCCUUACUCGGGUCGCUAUUACAGCUUCCCUAGCUUCGACACCUGGGAUCCUGAUCAGCAGGAGAAGGAGGGAGACGACAUCAAGGUCGCGUGA